AUGGCUGAAAAAGGAGAAGGAAGUACUGAGAACAGAACUGGUUCCAUGGUCAAAGAAAAUGGAGAAAUCCAAACAACUGUCUCUCCGAAAUCAGGACACUUAAUAAAAGAACAUGGAGAAGAUGAGGGUAAAGGUCACGAAGAUGAUGUCAUAGUAAAUUCUUCUGCAGUUAAAAUGGGAACGAAAAAGUCUGGUAAAGCUCAGCAUUGCUUGGGUAGCGGUAAACAUGAAGUAACUGCAAAGAUCACAACUUCAUCUACUGAAUCAUCUCAUGAGAUAGACUUAAAACAUACACCUGCUUUAGCUGCAACAAAAGUUAAAAGGACAUGUUCACUAGAUUCAUUACUGUCACCUAGUAGUAGAAACAAUGAGAUCCUAACCAAUUCCACUUCCCAGAUUACCAAUUCACUUAACAUGAGUUCUGCAAGCGAUUUGGUUGGAAAAGAAGUUGGACUGCUGGGAGAAGCAGAAGCUCAGUUUCAGGCAGACAAAAAUGCCACUUCUAACUUUGAUAAAGAACAUGGUUGUAGUAAAGCAGCUAGUAAGGAGUCCACAAAAGAAAUGCAGGAUGAUUGUUUACAUUCACCCAAAUCAAAAAAUAAGACAGUUAAUGAAGAACUGCAGGUGAGUAAGGGAGAAUAUUGCUGUAAUCAUCAAAUGAAUAGUCACUCGGAGCUAACAUCAGAUGUCCAGAUGCUUCAUUCCGGUACUACUACAUUUCAGCAGCAAGCAGAUCAGCAUACAGGUAGUGCAAAUAAAGACAGUGAUCCAAGAAAAAGUGAUACACAGGAAAUUGUGGCAGCUGUAGAAGGAGAGCAAAAUCCACAGAACUUUCUUGCUACUGCUCUUUUACAUUUUAAUGAACAAAUACCCACUUUGCUUAGCGUUGAGUCCAGAGGAGAAAAAUGCAUAGCCGCAGGUAAUCCAACUGCUUCGGUGUCAUCUGUUAAAAAUGAUGAAGAUACAGUCAUGGGCAGGGGAACUUGUAAUGAAGAACUGCGUGAGUUAGGGAAACCAAUGCACGUACAAAAUGAUCACCGGUUAAUCCAUGUGGAGAAUUCUAAGGAUAUUGGCACACCACAGACUGGUUUACCUUGUCUAGAAACUGAGGGUGUGGAAACAAUGAAGGUUUUAUCUGAGGUUGCGGUGGAAAACCUUGCCAAUGUAUCGUCAUGCGUACAUGGGUGUGAGAGUGUGAAAUCUAACUUUGAUGAGCUGACAGCACCUCUCUCUGUUACUUACGAGUCUUCUUUUGAAACUGGAGGCCAUUGCUCAGCUUCUCUUCAUCCGAGUUGCAAGACCGAAAAUAAAACUAUAGGGAGAAGAGAAGUCAGUUUAAAAGAUGUGAGAGAGACUGUUUCUUGUCCUGAUCUUGAAUGUGAGAAGAGCAAAUCCUUUGAGCCUGUAGAGAUGAGCCUCUCGGAAAGCUCAGUUCCUGUCCACAACUGUGGUCCUAUUUCCCUUGAAACUGUUCCAGACAUUCCUGCCAAGGCAUUAGUUAUACUCGCAGAAGAUAACACAGCAAAGCCUGCACCUUGCCCUUUAAUCAGCAUUGAUAGGACAGACAAUUGUACUCCUGCUGCUUCUAAAAUUGACAAGACUGGUAUGACUGAGGUUGCUGUUGUUCCUUCUGAGUGUAAGGAUUGCAUCUCUGAACUUACCUCUCAUGUUUCUAAGUCACAAGAAAACAUUCUGGAAAUUUCACAUUCUGCCUUGAGAUGCGGAGAAAGACCUUUGACCAACCAUUCUGCUUUCAUCUGUGAAAAAGACGUUGAUGUAGACAUCAUUUCUGAAUCUGUACCUGUUUCUGAAGAUAGGCGUAUUAAUUUUUCUUCCAAGAAGGAAAACAGUAAUAAGCCUAGGAUAUCACCCACAGUACUUGAUUCCUCAUCUGACAACCAAGGAAAAAUGCCUUCUCCUACCACUAACUCUGAAAAUGGCCAGAUUGCUAGAUGGUCUGCUGCUUCUGAACAGGACAGCUUUAUUUUUCCAGCUGCUGAAUUUAGGAGGAUAAUCCCUGAGGACAGAAUGACCGAGAUGCCACUUUGCUCAGGAGACCUGAGAGCUUCAUGCCCGGCUGGUUCUCUGGAACCUGAGCUUACUCCAGCUAUGCUUAAUCAUUCUGCUGCUGGAGUAGAUGUGGGGGGUGUUUGCAUCCCCAGGCCCUCUUCACCUACUCUGGGGUCCAGAGAAGCCUCCAACCUUUCCGUUUCUGCCUUGGAAACAUUAGGCGUUGCUCAGGGGAACAGUUGUUCCUCCAGUCACAGAGCUGGUGAUGGGGCAGAGGAGGCCGCCUCCGCACAACAGGCUGACGGCGGUGUCUUGGCAGAGGCAAUGCCAUCACCCAUCUGUCCUUUGAAAUCUUUGGAAAUGGCAUCCGAGUUAGCCUGUACUGAGAGCGUGUGCAGAAAUGCCAUGGGACAGGUGUAUCUUGGUAACCGUGCUUCUCCUAUCUCAGAAGCCCCUUCUGUGACGGAAGAUCAAACAGCUGCUGCACUUGCAGAGUCAAAUGAGCUCUGUUCUGAAGAAGUAUGGGAAGAUACCAAUGUGAAGGGACAAGAACGUGGUAAAUUCCAAGAUGCUGCUGUUUUGUUUAAAAAAGCUGAGGAAAUAGUGGACUCGGUUUUACGCUUGGCUAUAGAAGAAAUAAUAGCAAAACAAGCCAUUGGUGUCUGCCAGCUUUGUGGGAGCAGGGAUGGUUUAGUAAAUAUGGAUCUAAAUGAUCAGAAAGCUGGAACUGUGCAGCUGGAAGCAGAAGAAAUCCAGUCAGCUGUGCAGUCAUUAAAACAUUUUAAUGAGAGCAGUGGAGGAGGCUCAUCUUCAUUUACAGGAAAUGAAACAGUGGAUACGAAUAAUCAAGACAAGAAGAUACUAUCUUACAUCCCUGAUAAAAUUGACCUACAUAGUGCACUAGCACUAAAAGCAAAAGAAAUAAUUGAUGAAGUCAUUAACUCAGCCAAACAAAAACUGGCAUCCAAUCAGUGGCAAGGCAGUGAGAGUAUCCGGCCUUCUGAACAGGCUGAGCCUAAGCCUAAGGCUGAAACCCCAAAGAUUUUAAACCUGGAUGUGAAGUUACCCGCCAAAACACAGGAACCAACAGAGAAGGCGGAAACUCAGAGUGUAGCUGUAAACUGUGAAAAGGCAGAUUGCUCAGGUCCUCCUUUACUUCCAAAUAGUUUUCCAGUGCAAAAUGACAUAGAUUGGCCCCAAAGAGGUGAAAAGAUAUCAAAUAAUGCAUUUACAUGUCAAACAAAUGGAUUUCUACCCACUGGUAGUUCAGCAAGGCCAGAAUCAGAUCUUACGACACCAGCCAAAGAGAGACAUGAUAGAAAGGUGUGUGAACAUUUGGCUGCAGCAGAAUUGUGUGGCAAAGCUGGAGUGUCAGCAACUAGUAGAAAAUCUGAUGGAUCUUUACAUUUAAUACAUAGAGAAGCUACUGUGACUGAAGAGAUGUUUCUGUCAUUGCAAUUAAAAGAUUUAUGCAAUCAUACAAAUAUGCCAGAGUGCAUGUUGCUGCCAACUGUAAAUGUUAAUUUGUCAUCUUUUAUGCCCGAUGAAGAAUGUGUCAGCAUGCAGAGUGAAUCCAAAGGCAGUCCUGGGGAUUCUCUGGAAAGCAGUGCAGAGGACAUUCUGUAUGAACACUGCAGAAGAGAGGCUGCAGAAGAAGUACCUGCACGAGUAAAAGCAACCUUAGAAGAUUCAAAGGCAGAGGAGACUGAAGAGGAACUAGUAGAAGGGGCAAGUGAGAUAGCAGAGGUUAAUACUGGAUUAAAUACACUGUUCACUGUACCUGAAUUGUCUGCUAUUGGAGAGGACAGUAAAGGGAAAAACUGCUUCAACGCAGUUUUUGCCCAAAAUAAUGAGAGUCCGAAGCAGGUACUAAUGAAGAAUCAAGACGUGAAGAGAAAUGAUCAGCUUGAAGAAAAUGGUCUGGACUGUAGCGAUGACAUGAAGGAAUCGAUGGAUCUUUUGGCCCUUUCUCCACUAAUUGAACAGUGGGAAAACAGUUCUUUUACUAUCAUUUAUGAAGGUGCCCUUCAAACUGAGAACAAAUCUGUCUCAACUGGUGAUCUGCAAAGUAGUUCACUUUCUUCUUCUGUUCUGCCUUCGGAUAAUAUAGAUCAUCUAAUGUGUGAAAGAGCAAAAAAUAAACAUGAGCCAGCCUGUCUUUAUGGGAAGGAUAACAAGUUGAAUGAAGCAACAGAUAGCCGUAGCUCGGAGUCAUUUCUGAGCGUGGAGGCCAAGCGCUAUAGAGUAUAUCCUUUGUCUUUGUCUCCGAUAUAUGAAGAUGACAGCUCCCAGGAAGACUUACUUUCCACAGACGUGUCGCCAGAAGGCCGUCCUAGUGGAACAUCUAAAGAUAACGUUGACCACGCUUCUGUGCUAUCCCUUCUCCAGUCGGUUUCUGAGCGCUUACAGUUUACUACUCAGUUCAGUAAAGAGGACGAGGAGGAGGGAGUGGAGGAUGAGGAGGAGGAAGAAUCAUCAUAUGAAGAAAAUAUGCUUGAUGUUGAGAGAGAAGAAGAAUGUCUUUCCAGUCAGUGGAGAGGGAAUUUAAAAACAACCCUUCAAUCAAACGACCAAACUCAAUCUUUGUUUCCUGAACAAUCACCUCUUCUUUCAAAAGAACAACUUGAUUUUAAGGAGCAACCGGAACUGUUUCCAGAUGCAGCUUCUCCCAGUCAAACACCUUGUAAGCCAGUUUCGCAGAAAGCUGAUACCACUCUAAAGCGUCCUCCUACAAGUGUGUACUACCAGUAUUUGAAAUCUGCCAGCAAUUGCUCCUCUGAGAAGGGGACCAUGUUUGGAAGCGUUCUCCAGGAUAUGUUGCAGCCAAAGAUUCAUUGGUCUCAAGACAACACCAUGCCAAAACUGGGAGAAUUGUCAGCGAACCUCAUUGACAGGGCAAGUCUCAAAUACAAUCCAAGACCAGGAAAGAUUAUUAUUUAUGAUAUUUAUGGCGACAAAAGUAAACAAGAAGUUCAUUCUGAUGAGCUAGAUACCACGUCCUGGAUCUUUCCCGUUGGAGCAUUACUUAGGAUAAUUAGAGGAUGCUGGAUUUUUUAUGAGAAACCGAAGUUCCAGGGUCGGAAAUAUGUACUAGAAGAAGGAGAGACUGUGCUGGAUCACCUUUGGGAUCUUCCAGGCGUGAAAUAUCGUCGAAGAAACCUCAUAGUUGGUUCAAUCAAACAUGUAACAAAGGACUGUGGCAUUCCAGAGGUAGAGUUCUGCCUGGCAGCUGGUGGUACAGAGGGACUUCCUAUCUGCAUACAGAGUGCAGUUGCCAAUUUAGAAGAACUGGAUGUUGAGAAAAACCCUUAUAUAAGAGUCAAAUCAGGAGUAUGGCUUGCUUAUUCAGACUUUAAUUACAAGGGAGAGAUGAAGGUUUUGGAAGAAUGCGAUUCACCAUCUGAAAUUCCUUCAGCAGAUGUAAAAUCUCUGCGUCCCUUAAAAAUGGGUGGACUAAAGGUACAAAUGCCAAUGAAUAUCAAGCUGAUCUGUGUGAUUCAGCAGAUGAGGAACCUCAAGGGGGUGUUAACUGCAGUCACUGAAAUAACUUCAGCAAAGUACAGAGAAAGACCUCUUGUCUACUUUCGAAGGAUUAAGCUCAGUGUGUCUAGCUGUGACCAGAUAAUAAUAUAUGAGAAAACCCACUUUGGAGGAUGGUCCAAAGAGUUUUCAGAAAACAUCAGUUCUGUCCCAGCUCUGUUUGGUAGUGAAGAAGAGUUUCAGGAAAUCGGAUCAAUACGUAUAAUUGGUGGAGCAUGGGUUGCCUAUGAUAAGGAACGCUACAAAGGCCGUCAGUACUUGCUGGAGGAGGGAGAUUAUGAAGACAGACACUCAUGGGGGGGAACUGACUGUGUCCUCCUGUCUUUCCGGUUCCUUCAGGCUGAUUUCAUAGAGUCAUCAGUGGCACUUUUUCAGUCUGAUGAUGAAGAUGGGAAAGCAUUAGACAUCGUCAAUGAAGAAAUCCCUGAUUUGGAGCAGGCUGGAUUUGGCCCAGAGACGAGGUCGAUUCUUGUGAGGAGUGGAGUGUGGGUCGCAUAUCAGCAGAAAUAUUUCUGUGGAGAACAAUACGUAUUGGAGAAAGGAAAAUAUAAAUGUUUCUUUGACUGGGGAGGAUCUAGUAAAAUCAUCAUGUCAAUUCGACCUAUUAAGUUGGAACCGCUUGGAACGAAUGAGCCUCCACAUUUGCUCAAAGCUUUCAGUAAUACACAUUUCCAAGGAGCAUGUAUAGAUUUCACAGCAGAAGUUUCUGAUUUUACAUCAUUCAUACCAUGUUCUUUUAAGGUUCUUCGGGGAUGUUGGCUCCUGUAUUACCAAGGGGAAAUCACUGACAAUCACUGUGUGCUGGAAGAAGGCCUCUACGUUGACCUCAGUUCCUGUGGCUGCCCGACUGCUACAAUCAAAUCCCUCAAGCCUAUUCAAUAUGUUUUUGCUGAGCCCUCAAUCAGUCUGUUCGCUCUGGAAGGCUGCAAGGGCAGAGAGCUGCACUUCAGUGAACCCAUCAAUUCCGUUUUGAAUGAGGACCUUCAUUUUUACACUCAGUCUGUAUGGGUGAGAAGUGGAUUGUGGAUUGCAUAUGAAGGAUGUAAUUUUUUAGGAAAGCAGAUUCUGCUGGAGCCCAGUGAGAUUUCAAACUGGAAUGAACAAAGUGGCUGGAAAGUAAUUGGCUCCCUUCGUCCUGUGAAGCAGCCAGCAGUGUACCUCAGAGUGAAGAACCGAGCCCAGGGUAAAUAUUUGACAGUUGCUGGAAGCCUAGCAGAUAUAAGGGCAACAUCAGUGUGCGCAUCCCCAUUCAAUGGCAAGAAUACCCAGAUCUGGCACUACUGUCGUGGACUCUUCAAAUCCAAGGCUAACGAUGCCUGUCUGGAUGUCAUUGGUGGCAGGGAUGUACCUGGGGCCAAAGUCGCGCUCUGGGCAGAACAUGGGAAGGACAGGCAAAAGUGGAGACUGAACGAGGAUGGAACCAUCAGUUCAUACCUCAGCGACCAACUGGUGCUUGAUAUUAAAGGAGGAAAUUAUUAUGACAAAAAUCACAUUAUUAUGAAUCAGCCAAUAGACGACAAACAUUCACAAAAAUGGGAUAUUGAAAUAUUGUAAAACCCACCGCACAGAUGGACUUUGUGUGGGUUAUUAACAC